GCGGAAGGGGCAGCGCUGUCACGGCUCGGGCCCGCCCGUCUCCCGGCGGCCCCGGGCUGCAGCAGAGGCAGGCGGGAAGCGGGGGCAGGGCAGGGCAGGCCCAGCCAGCUGCACCAAACACCUUGCCCGGGGGCUGUAUUUGUGGUAACAAGCAGCAAACACGAGGCUCACUCCUCUCCCAACUUGCUUGCUCCACGCGUCUCCUGCAGACUCCUCCAGUCCCUCCUUUUCUCUGUUCUUAACUUGGGGUUGGGUGUAAUUGAGCCCAUCUGUGGUGGGACUCGUCCCCCAUGGCCCUGGGCACACCUUUGAGCCCUGGAUAACAGGGUGCCCAUGCAGGCAUCGCCUGUCCAUUACUAGUUGCUUCUAACAACAUUGCCUGCAGAGCUCUCCAAAAAGGAUCCUUAUUCAAGGGCCCAGAAAAGCCACGUCAGCUAUGACGAGCUCCAGCAGUAGCUGUCACUUGCUUCCAGCGCAGGCAGAGCUCUCGUCUAGAGCAGUCCCCGAUGGGUCUCUCUUCUGUACAAAACACGUUUUAUGUUCUGAUCUUCAAAGCUACGUGCUGGUUUUCUGGAUGCAGGCGAAGGGAACUGUGGAUGCUGGAUGCUGUGCGUGUCUGCAAAUGAGGCCACUGUUCUCUUUCCUCCAGAUUCAAAAUGAUAGUAAAGAAAGAGGGAAGGAGUGAUGACAAAGAAACUGCACAUAAGAAAAAAACAAAACCCAUGAAAACCACUGGGAGUCAAACUGACAUCAAAAUUGAAGAGGGCAUCCAGUGUGAAUCACAAGCGAAACCUAAGGUGAAGGAAAAGAAACGUUUGGCAAAAAAGAAGGAUUCAGACUGGGUGAAUUCUAAGAAGAAGAAAGUUGGCUCCAAGUCUAAGAAAAAAGCAUGUUUUGAAAACUCUGUGAACGUAGAAAGCCAUCCAGAUUCCCAACCACUAAGAAAAACAGAAGAAAAAACUAAAUUUCUCAAAAAGAAGAAAAGGAAAGACAAAGGUCUUUACUUCUUACCACUGGAGAGCAGUCAGAACUGCAGCCCAGGACUGAAAAACUACACAGCGGAUAAUCAGGAAAAUGUAUUCGCUGGUAAAGAACCCAGAAAAACUAUUACCUGGAAGUCUGAAGGGGACAGAAAGGUAACCAAAACAAAGAAAAAGAAAAAAGGCAAAGAUACUUUUUCCUUAACACUGAAAUAUAAUGAAAGCAGUGAAUGUCACAUUUCUAGUAAAAAACUGCAAAAAAAGCAUAUAAACAAUUCUCAAGAAAAAAUCACUCGUAAAAAACACAGAAAAGAGAUUGUCCAGAAUGAUGAAUCCGGUAGUGAUAGACGGAAGAAAAAAAAGAAGAAAAAGAAAGAUAAACACACCUCUCUACUAAAAUUGAAAGGUAACGUGGUCAAUAAUCAUGGGACUUCUAAUCACAGCAUCCCAGUGGGUGACUUGAAAAAUAAGCAAGACAUCAGUUCCCAGGAAACUACACCUGUAACGGAGAGAGAGAAUAUUGUCCAGAACUCUGAAAGUGACAGAGACGUCACCAAGAAGAGCAAAACCAUUUCUUUGCCAGCAGGUGAGGAUAAUCAGGACCACACUUCUAGCACUCCCAAUAAAUACCUACCAAGACACCAAAAAGACAAGUUCCAAGAUAAAGUACUCACUGGAAAAAAACGCAAGGAGAAAUCUGGAGGCAAGAGUGCAAUAAUCAAGAAAAAGAAGAUUCAUAAGGAGGAGCAGGAAGUAGCUAAGUGUGUAACUCCUUCAGAUGUUGAAAAGGAUGCAUCCAUGGGUGGAAAAGCCACACCAGUUAAAAGUAAUAAAAAGAAGAAAGCCAAAACGAAGGCAGUGGAAGGUGCAGCAAUGGGCAGCACUGAUGGAGGAUCAUGUGAAACUAAUAAUGUGCCCUAUGAGGGGAAGAAACCCAAGAAGAGAAAGAAACAGGGACCAGAGACUUCAGCUGAAGAGCCAAGCAUGAAAAAGAAGACAAAGAUCAAAAUGAAGGAAGAAAAAACUGAUAGUGAGGCAGUGGAAUCUGAGAAUGAUGUAGCAGUUGUGGGGGAAAAAAAAGGAAACUGUGAUGAAAUAAAUAUAGACAAGUUGAGACGGCAAGCCCUGCAAGAAGAGAUCGACCGAGAAUCUGGCAAAACUAUGGGUUUGAGAAGCAAAGUGCAAUCUGACACCAAGUUUGGCCAGUGGAGCACAGCUGCUUUUGAAAGUUCAGAUGAAAAAGCAAAGUUCCUCAGACUCAUGGGUGGUUUUAAGAAGGGCUCUGCAUCAGUCCAAGAUCCACCAGCCAUCACAGAGAAGCCAAACAUGGCUUUGAGCAGGGAAGGGGAAGAAAAAUUAAAGCAGGCUCUGCAUAUGGAGUUUGAGAAAGCCAUGAACUUGAAGCACCACAGAAGAGUUGGCCUGGGAUUCCAACCUGUCAGCAAAAAAAUAUACAUAGACAAGCAUGCUUCUAGAUCUAUCAAAUUUGAGGACUAAACUGUGCAGUAUGAUGGAAGGGAUGAAAAUGCAGCAUGGAAACUCAGUUGUUACUUGCCACAGCUGUUUAUUUGGAAUAAGCUGCGGAGCAUUGCAAACUUAUGUUCAACACAAAAUUUGCAACUUUUGUCACAACCUCAAGUGAGGCAGUGACUAGAAGCCUCAGCGCACACGGGGCUAGGGUCUUGCCCGAACACAGCCCAGAAGUCUUCUAGCAUGACUCCUUCAGCCAUAGCUGGGGACAGGUUAAAGUUUGUAAGUAUUUGUUUACUUUUUAGAAUGAAGACUAUUGUAAAUUCUUUUUUAAAACAGGUUUUAGUGACUCACAGGGGCUCAAAGGUUAAGUAAAAUCCUCACUUUUCUGUUGCUGAGGAGUGCUGUACCUCUGAAAGAGGCCUGACUAGAGAGCUACUUCUUUUAAACAAAGUUACCAUUAUCUUUCUUAAAUGAUUAGCGUUACCCCUGUAGCUAACAAGCAUUGUUGACUGUUCUACUUGUUUUAAAUCUAUGUUCUGAUACUUUGCUUUAAGGGCUAAUUCCUGCUUCUGGUUAACAUCCAGUUAAACUGUUGUAAACAAGAUGUGGCCCCAGAUUUGUCGAACUGUGGGACAGUCUUGUAGGAAGCAAAGUAAUUUUUCAUAGCCAGACAAAACUUGUGCAAGUUAAAAUCACAGAACAACUGGAAUAAAAUUGCUAUUUAUUAA